AUGAACGAGGAUAGCAAUCCUCCACCUCCUAAUAAAAGUUCUAAUGAACUUCAAGUUCCAACAGCUCAAGUGAGAAGGAAAAGAGGUCUUUCUUUAAGAUCUCAACUAUUCAAUAAGACCUUAACUAACAGAUUGAAUCCUAUAGAACAAAGAUCUCAAGAUAACAUUGAAUUGCAAGAAUACGACAAAUCAGAUGAUGCAAAUGAACAAGCUACUGAAAUUACUCGAUCUGAUACUCCCCAAAUAACUAUAGAUGAAUCAAAUGUCAUACAAUCAUAUGAGCCUUAUCAGAGGAAUUCCCACAAUUUCACUCGAUCCACCACCAACUUAUCGACCAAUUCUGACACCAGCUCAGUAGAGUUCCUUUCAAGAUCAAAAAGACACAGAAAAGGGAAGCUUCUUACCAUUUUGAUUGAUAUCAAAGAUAAAAUCACCGGAAACAAAGUAUUACCUCCUACAGAAAAUGGUAGAAUCAUUCCAUUGACCUUAGACCCUAAAACAUUCAUCGAAGAGUACGGUAAUGAUAAUGUCUACAAUAGUUCUCAUCAACUCAUCGAUGAAAGAACUGAUGGGGUUUAUGUGUCCAAUGCCAUAACCUCAUCGAAAUAUUCCAUAUAUUCAUUUCUUCCUAAACAAUUGAGAGCUCAGUUUUCUAAGAUAGCCAAUUGUUAUUUCAUGGUGGUAGCUAUAAUGCAAAUGAUCCCUUCAUGGUCAACUACCGGUCAAUAUACCACUAUUAUUCCUUUACUUAUAUUCAUGUCAAUAUCGAUAGCUAGAGAAGGGUUUGAUGAUUGGAAAAGACAUAAACAUGAUAAGGAAGAGAACAAUAAGAAAUGUUGGAUUAUCAAGGAGGAUUUAGAUCUUCGUAAUUUUGAUACCAGAUCAAUAGCCACUAUUAUUACUGAGACUAUACCGGUGAUAACUGUUAAUUCCACCGUAGACCAAAAUCAAAAAUCCCAAGUCGAAGACUCAUCCCAUUCAACGUCAGAUUUGAAGAACUAUAAUUUGAAAGAAUGUAAGUCUAAAUGGAGAGAUAUAAAAGUAGGAAAUAUCAUCAAGAUCCGUGAAGAUGAAUGGGUUCCUGCUGAUAUUCUUAUCUUAUCAGCACUCAAUGAAAGUGACGCUGAUACUGCAUUUGUAGAAACUAUGGCAUUGGAUGGAGAAACCAAUUUGAAGUCAAAGAAUCCUCCAGCGGAAUUAUCAAAUAUCUUAUCAAAGGCUUCGGGACUCAAAAACUUCAACGAUCUCGUGACCGUGGAAGAUCCAAACACAGAUCUUUAUAAUUUUGAAGGAUUGAUAAACGUUGAUGGAGAAACACAUGCCUUGGGCCCUGAUAAUGUCAUUUAUAGAGGAAGUAUUUUAAGAAAUACCAAAUCAGUUCUCGGAUUAGUGAUAUUCACCGGUGAAGAAACUAAAAUAAGGAUGAAUAACAUAAAAAAUCCACGUACUAAAGCCCCCAAAUUGCAAAGAAACAUCAAUUUCAUUGUGAUAUUCAUGGUAUUUGUAGUAGCUAGUUUAUCAGCAUUCUCCACUAUGGCUCAAAGAUUACUAUAUGCUGAAAAUGAACAAAAAGCUUGGUAUUUAUAUGAGCAGGAUGCUGGUGUAGCUGCCACAUUGAUGGGAUUCAUCAUCAUGUACAACACCUUGAUUCCCUUGUCACUUUAUGUUACUAUGGAAAUCAUCAAGGUAGGUCAACUAUUAUUACUUCAAUGCGAUAUAGAUAUGUAUCACAAAGAAAGCAAUACCCCAGCUGAUGCUAAAACUGCCACAAUUUUAGAGGAAUUGGGUCAAGUCAAUUAUAUAUUCAGUGAUAAGACAGGUACUUUGACGGACAAUUUGAUGUUAUUCAGAAAAUUUAGUAUCAACGGUAUGAGUUGGUUACAUGAUUUGGAUUUAAUAGCCAAAGGAAAGGAAUCAUCGAUAGAUUCCAGCGAAGAUGAAAUAGAGCAAGAUUAUGUACCGAGAACUAGUACUACGUCGUUUGUAAGAGCCAGUAUGGACCUUAAGUCCAUCAAAUCUGUGUCUACUUGGAAAUCCACCGCCAACCCCAAGAAACCUCAGAAUUUAAAGAGUUCAAUUGAAUUAUUGAAAUACAUUCAAACCAACCCCAACACUUUAUUCAGUAAGAAAGCUAAAUUUUUCCUUUUAAGUAUUGCGUUAUGUAGUACAUGUUUACCACGUAGAAAUGAGGAAAGUGAUGAUGAUACCGAAGAUCAGAAUAUCUCUUACCAGGCUUCGUCUCCUGAUGAGAAAGCUUUGGUAGAAGCAGCAAGAGAUCUUGGAUUUAUCGUUUAUGAUAAGAAAUCCAAUAUUUUGAAGAUGAAGACAUACCCACAAGGUUUCAACAGUUCAUGUAAAUUUGAAGAAUAUGAAGUUUUGGAUGUGGUUGAAUUCUCAUCUCAAAGGAAGAGAAUGUCAAUCAUAGUCAAGUUUCCUGAUUCCAGGAUUUGUUUAAUCUGUAAAGGUGCUGACAAUGUAAUUCUUGAAAGAUUGAAAAAUAGUCAAAUGGCUGUACGCAAAGCUAAAGAGAUCUCAUUGAAUGCCAGUGAAAGGAAAAUGAUGGAAGCUGAUAUGGUCUUACAACAAAGAUUCUCUCAGGAGGCUGAGGCCAGAGAAACUAGAAAUAGUAUGAGUUCCUUGUCCUCAUUGAGGAAGAGUCUUCAAUACGGUGAUCGUGCUCAUACAGCUGGAACUUUAAGCUCUAUUGAUAAAAUCAUGGGUGAAGAAGAAGAUCAUACAGAUAUCGCCGAAAAUUUCCGAAAAUCUUUACAUUUACAGCAAGCUCAAAGAUACAGCAUUGAUAUAGAAGGCUCACCUGCUAAGAGUUCAUCAGCUAAAGUUGGAGAAAACUUGGAUGACGUUUAUGAUGAUCGAUUACUCUUGAAUCAAGAAUUCAUCCUUGAAAAGACUUUGGAACAUAUCGAAGAGUUUUCUACAGAAGGUUUGAGAACUUUAUUAUAUUCUUUUAAAUGGUUAGAUAAGAAAGAAUAUGCUGAUUUCAAUGAACAAUAUCUGGCAGCCAAAACUGCACUUGUUGAUAGAUCUUCUCAGAUUGAAACAGUCGGGGAAUCAAUUGAAAAUAAUUUCGAAUUAUUGGGUGCCACGGCCAUUGAAGAUAAGUUACAAGAUGGUGUUAGUGAUGCCAUUGAAAAGUUGAGAAGAGCAGGAAUCAAGAUGUGGAUGUUAACUGGAGAUAAGAGGGAAACUGCCAUCAACAUCGGUUAUUCUUGUAGAUUAAUCAAAGAUUAUAGUACAGUAGCUAUCCUCAAUAUCGACCACGGUAAAGAAGAAGUGAAGAAGAUCAUUGUUGAUGCCAUUAAGAAAGUUCAAGGAGGAGGUGUGGCACAUUGUGUGGUAGUCAUUGAUGGUGAGACUUUAGGAGUUAUCGAACAAGAUGAUGACUUGUUCCAUCAUUUGAUUGAUUUAUGUAUUAUAGCUGAUAGUGCUAUUUGUUGUAGAGCUUCACCUUCACAGAAAGCUAAGAUGGUCACUAGUAUUAGAGAAGUCAAUAGAAAAUCUGUCACGUUGGCGAUUGGUGAUGGUGCUAAUGAUAUCGCCAUGAUUCAAAGUGCUGACAUUGGAGUUGGAAUCACAGGUAAGGAAGGAUUACAAGCAGCUCGUGCUUCAGAUUAUGCUAUUGCCCAAUUCAGAUUCUUACUUAAAUUACUUCUUGUUAAUGGAAGAUACAAUUAUAUCCGUACAUCAAAGUUUGUGUUAUGUACGUUCUACAAAGAACUUAUAUUCUACUUAACUCAAGCAUUAUAUCAAAGAUAUACCUUAUUCUCCGGGUCUUCAGUAUAUGAAAGUUGGUCAUUAUCAAUGUUUAAUACAUUAUUCACAUCCUUGCCCGUGUUGGUGGUAGGGAUAUUCGAUAAAGACUUGAAACCUGCCACUUUAUUGGCGGUACCGGAAUUAUAUGCCAAAGGAAGAUUGUACCAAGCAUUCAAUUUGAAAGUGUUUGUUAGUUGGAUGGUUCUUGCUGCCUUACAGAGUGUUGGAAUAUCAUUCUUGUCAUGGCAUUUAUGGGCCUUGACUGCUUUAAGAGAUAACACUACUUUACCUCUAGGUACUUUGUUAUUUGCGACAUUGGUGAUAAUCAUCAAUAUCAAAUGUGAAUUCAUAGAGUUACAAAACCGUAAUUGGUUAGCUUUCGCAGCAUUCAUUAUCUCAGUAGGUGGAUAUGCUGUAUGGAACGUUUUAAUCAUGUUCUUGUACAGAUCCAAAGUAGCUGCCAUAUUUUAUGUUGAGUAUGGGUUAUUAGAGUUCGGUCAAGAUGUAACUUUCUGGGCCAGUUUAUUGAUCUUAUUCACUAUACCUUUAUUACUUGAUAUCCUUAUCAAGGUAUUCAAGUUCAUGAUCAAACCCAGUGAUGAUGAAUUAUUCAAAGCUAUUGAGAAAGAUUUGGAAAUGAGAAAGACUUUUGAGACCAAAUCUUUCGAUUACUUAUCACAAGGUUGGACAUUUCCUCACCAAUCAUCCAUAUGGAGACGUAAAUGCAUUGCAAUCAUCAACGUCAUCAGCAAAAAACUUGGUCUCAAUGUUGAGAUGGAAGAUAAAGAUACCUUAGAGUAUAGGAAAAGAGCAGGUACCGUUACCAAUGAAGGAGAAUUACCACCAAGUGGAGAUGGAGAAGUAAUUUAUAAAGGAGAUUCCCAAUUAAGUCCUGACUUUGAAGUGUUACCUAGUGGUAAAAGAGUUAAAAUUAAAAGAGGUCGUAGUGGUAGUCUUUGGGAUAGAUUCAGAAAUGAAGACGAUAAUGAAGAUAUCGAAGCGAUUAUUUCUGAUCGUUUGAAAGGUCUAGAUGCUCAAAGAUCCAAUAACAUCACCCCAGACUCCACAAUUCCUCAUUAG